UAGGCUCGUUUGCAACCGUUCCCAAAAACCAAAACGGUGUCGCCUCAUGCGAAACGACGCCGUAGCGAUUUCCUCCAUGAAACUCUCGCUCUCCCUUUUUUCACAAGUUCCUCAGCUGCGACCCCAAAAAAUUCAGUAGCCGCUGCAAACCCUAGAGCCAGAGCCAGAGGGCAAUCAUGGCGAUGAAGAAUCUUCUCACCCUCGCUCGGAACUCUCACCGGCGAUCAUCCGCCUCGUUUUCCCAUGCCAUUAGAUCGGCGUCGACCUCUCCGGCGGUGGCGGCGUCUUCUCCACCUCCCUCUCCUCCGCCACCCAAUGCGAUGAUCUACGAUCGCCUCGCAGAGGCCGUCAAAUCCAAGCUGAAACAGCUCGAGAAUCCCGACCCUAGGUUUCUCAAAUACGGGUCGCCUCACCCGACCAUCACUGAUCACACCCGGAUUCUCUCCGCGCCUGAGACUCGGGUCACUACUCUCCCUAAUGGACUCCGGGUCGCCACCGAGUCCAACCUUGCCGCCCGGACGGCGACGGUUGGAGUGUGGAUCGAUGCUGGGUCGAGGUUCGAGACCGAGGAGACGAACGGCACCGCCCAUUUCCUCGAACACAUGAUCUUUAAGGGAACGGAGAAAAGGACGGCGAGGCAGCUCGAGGAGGAGAUCGAGAACAUGGGUGGUCAUCUGAACGCGUACACGUCGAGGGAGCAGACUACGUAUUAUGCCAAGGUCUUGGACAAGGAUGUGCCCAAGGCACUGGAUAUUUUGGCUGACAUUUUGCAGAAUUCGAAGUUCGAUGAGCACCGUAUUAGUCGCGAGCGGGAUGUGAUUUUGAGAGAAAUGGAGGAGGUUGAGGGGCAAACAGAAGAAGUUAUCUUUGAUCAUUUGCACGCAACUGCAUUCCAGUAUACUCCUCUUGGCAGAACGAUUCUUGGUCCAGCUCAAAAUAUCAGGACAAUUACUAAGGACCAUCUUCAAAGUUAUAUCCAAACACAUUACACUGCUCCAAGAAUGGUUAUUGCUGCUUCAGGAGCUGUUAAACACGAGGAUUUCGUUGAGCAAGUAAAAAAAUUGUUCACAAAGUUAUCAUCAGAACCAACCACAGCUUCUCAGUUGGUUGCAAAGGAGCCAGCAAUCUUUACUGGUUCUGAGGUUAGGAUAAUUGAUGAUGAUGUUCCUUUGGCACAAUUUGCUAUAGCUUUUAAUGGAGCAUCCUGGACAGAUCCAGACUCCAUUGCUCUGAUGGUCAUGCAAGCUAUGUUGGGUUCUUGGAAUAAAAGUGCUGGAGGUGGAAAGCAUAUGGGUUCUGAGCUGGCCCAAAGAGUCGCCAUCAAUGAAGUAGCAGAAAGUAUGAUGGCUUUCAACACCAAUUACAAGGACACUGGUCUUUUUGGUGUCUAUGCUGUUGCAAAGCCGGACUGCUUAGAUGAUCUAGCCUAUGCAAUCAUGUACGAGACAACCAAGUUAGCUUACCGGGUUUCGGAACCUGAUGUUACCCGUGCUCGCAAUCAGUUGAAAUCUUCUCUAUUGCUUCACAUAGAUGGAACAAGCCCAGUAGCUGAAGAUAUCGGUCGUCAGCUCCUUACAUAUGGUCGUAGAAUCCCGUUCGCCGAAUUGUUCGCAAGAAUUGAUGCCGUUGAUGCAAGCACCAUCAAACGUGUUGCGAAUCGGUUUAUUUACGAUAGGGUAAGAACUGAAGAAGAGAAAAAGAGAUGUUGCAAUUGCUGCUUUAGGCCCCAUCCAGGGUUUGCCCGACUACAACUGGUUCAGACGCAGGACAUACUGGAACCGUUACUAGACGAUGUCGAUUAUUCGUGUUAUUUUUGGUCACAUUCAGCAUCGCAAAAUAAUUUUUCGUUAUGCAAAAUUACAUGUCCUUUCGGGGAGUUUUCAGGCGGAUUAAUUAUUUUUGUUUGCCAGUUCUUGUAACAGUCAUACGAAGGAAUAAGAAGUUUGUAUCUUCCUUGUUCAAGUGUGAUAUUAACUAUGGCAUUGGAAUAUCCCAAUCUUUGAUAUUUACGCACAAAUUUUUUGGUAGCUCAA